AUGGACAUGCUCAACACCACCGUUGGCGCCCUGAACCAAACUCAGGAUUAUUUCAGUGUUUUCGAGGAGGUUUCCAAGUACAAUGUCAACCUCAACUACUUCGAGCGUCUCUGGGCUGCUUGGUACAUGUACAUGCAGAACGACACCCUCGCGACCGGCAUCAUGAGCUUCGUGAUGCACGAACUCGUCUACUUUGGCCGUUGCCUGCCCUUCAUCAUCAUGGAUAAGAUCCCAUAUUUCCAACAGUACAAGAUCCAGAGCCAGAAGAUCCCUACCCUCAAGGAACAGUGGGAUUGCGCCGCCAUCGUUCUCAUCAGCCAUUUCACCGCCGAGCUUCCUCAGAUUUGGUUCUUCCACCCCAUCGCCACCUACUUCGGCAUGGACUACGGCGUGCCCUUCCCGUCGCUGUUGAAGAUGUUCAUUCAGAUUUCCAUCCUCUUCGUCAUGGAGGAUACCUGGCACUACUGGUUCCACCGAGCUCUUCACUACGGACCUCUCUACAAGGCCAUCCACAAGAUGCACCACACCUACUCUGCUCCCUUUGGCCUGGCUGCCGAGUACGCCUCGCCUAUUGAGACUAUGCUCCUCGGUAUGGGCGUCGUCGGGUCUCCCAUUAUUCUGCUCUCCGUCACCGGCGACCUUCACCUCGUCACUAUGUACGUCUGGAUCAUCUUGCGUCUCUUCCAGGCCAUCGACGCCCACAGUGGCUACGACUUCCCCUGGAGCUUGCGCCACAUCCUCCCCUUCUGGGCCGGUGCCGACCACCACGACAUGCACCACGAGAAGUUUAUUGGAAACUACUCUUCUAGCUUCCGCUGGUGGGACUUCUUCUUGGACACCGAGGCCGGCCCCGAGGCUAACAAGAAGCGUCGUGAGCGAAAGCUUCAGGCCAUCAAGAACGCCAAGAAGGAGAAUUAA